UUGUGGUUGUGGGGAACAGUAUUUGUCCGAGGCCCAUCCUCGCGCGGUGCUCCCGUGCAAGGGCAGGUUCUCUCCUGCGGGCUGCGGUGCUGUGCGGCGGUCGCCAAACUCGUCGUGCUGCGGCGGUCGCCAUCCUCGUCAUGCUGCGGCGGUCGCCAAACUCGUCGUGCCUGCAGUCGGAUUUGGCUCCACGAGUACGACUACGUCUCGCCCCUCAUCCAUCUGCUCCCUGCGGCCAUGUGGAAUCCCCUCCUCUUCCCUCUCCAAAAAAUCUGCGACCGGUCUUCUCACCGUUGAGCACUCGCACAGCGCCGUCGUCCUGCUGCUGCUGUUCCAGGUCAUCGUGUAGGUACCGCCAACCACCUAUAUCUGGCCUUCGACAGCGGAUUUCAUUUCCCCUCUCUCGGUUCUAUAGGGCCUAGCUGCGAGGGGCUCCUGUUCCCUCUGGAAUCCAUCGCCGAGCCCCCAGUGUAUAGGGCUAGCCAACGUAUAGUUUCUCUGCUCCGAUCUGCUCACCGAUUGUUCGCCAUUUUUUUUGUGUCCUUUGUAGGGCUCUUCUGCUGCGGAUCGGGCCAAAGCGCGGUAGUCUGGAACGUGUGUUGCUUUUAUCGUGUGCAACGUUCGUAGGUGAGCUGCCCGUUCGAGCGUCGUGGUUCUGAGUGUUCCAUGUCGUCAAUGCUCUACUCCGUGCUCUGGCCAUGUAGGUUUUCCCGUCUUUGUUUCUAUAUGGUUGUCAUUUUUGGCCUCGGUGUCUUCUAUAUGGUUUCGAUAAAUUAAUUGGUUUACUGGCGCUUUCACUCAUCUUUGCCCGUGCUGAAAAAUGGUCUGAUUUGCAUCCGUGAAUCUCUAAUCAGGUUAUGUGCAGAUUCUUAGAAAACAGUGAAGUUGGAAAUAUUGGGAGAGUUAUGUUGCCAAUAGCAGAUGCCUACACUCAGCGCAGUUGGCGGUGGGCAAGUCCAAAGAGGCCGACGAAGCGGUGGCCCUGAAGCUGGAGAGCCGAGCUGCGCGCGCCACGAACCCUGGCUGCAGAAUAUAACCGAGUUAUUAUCGAAGAAGCGAGGAGAGACACAGUGGGAUGAGCGGCGGCACUGUCAUUGUCGCCGCUUCCUUCACCAUGUACCAUGUCAUUUUGUCGAACGCAGCGGUUGCUUUUUCUCAACGUGGAGAAGGCGAUGCCUAGGUUCUAGAAUAAUAUAGUAACAUAUAGGACCGAGUCGUCCAUUCCUGUUAUAGGAAAGAAAAAUGUGAAGCAUCUUUGGCC